UUGGUUUCGUGAUGAGGAAAAGUGAAGGAGCAGGGCGUUACGAUCUGUAGUCGUGUCUUCUUUGUAAAAAACAGGGAUCAUCAUUCCUUAUAUCACUGAAUACAACUGACUUGAGGGAUACGAAUCGGAACACUUUUUGCGUCAUGAAACUCAAUAAUUUGACUUUUUCUCAAGGAGACAUGGUCGAUUGAACAUUAAUACAACAUCCAGCCAAAAACAAAACAAACAAACAAGAAAAAAAAAAAACCUUAACAUUUUAACAAAAUUGCACAUUUUUCCCCAAUAGGUAUGGAUUCGUCCAUCACUUCCAUUGACUUCCAAAGUAACUGGACAAACACCACGGCACAGAAUGAAACCGAGAUAUACUGGAACCAGUUUGUGCAACCGGUUUGGAGAAUAGUGCUCUGGGCAGUGGCUUACAGCACAAUUGUCAUCGUCUCCGUUGUGGGCAAUAUCACGGUGAUAUGGAUCAUUUUGGCGCACAAACGCAUGAGGACCGUGACGAAUUAUUUCCUCGUCAACUUGGCUUUCGCUGAAGCGUCAAUGUCCGCAUUCAACACCGUUAUAAACUUUGUCUACUCGGUGCACAAUGAGUGGUAUUUCGGACUCUAUUACUGCCGGUUCCACAACUUCUUCCCUAUAGCCGCCGUCUUCGCUUCUAUAUACUCAAUGACCGCGAUUGCACUCGACAGAUAUAUGGCCAUCAUUCAUCCCCUGCAGCAGAGGAUGUCUGCAACUCAGACGAAGCUGGUCAUCGGGGUCAUCUGGGUUCUGGCUCUCCUGCUGGCCUUCCCCCAAUACUAUUAUUCCGACACAGACCAGUUGCCUGGCAGGGUGGUCUGCUACAUCGACUGGCCUGAGUACACUGUCCUGGACUUCAAAACGAUGUAUUUUGUGUGUGUAGCAGUGCUGAUUUACUUCCUCCCUCUGCUGGUGAUGGGCUGUGCUUACCUGGUGGUGGGACUGACUCUGUGGGCCAGUGAGAUCCCAGGAGAUUCAUCUGACCGUUACCAAGAGCAGCUGACCGCCAAACGCAAGGUGGUGAAGAUGAUGAUUGUGGUGGUAUGUACAUUCGCUGUUUGCUGGCUCCCCUAUCACGUCUAUUUCCUGAUUUACCAGUUCUACCCGCACCUGUUCGAGCAUCCCUUCAUUCAGCAGGUCUAUCUGACUAUCAUGUGGCUGGCAAUGAGCUCCACUAUGUACAACCCCAUUAUCUACUGCUGCCUCAAUGACAGGUUCCGUGCCGGAUUUAAGCAAGCAUUCCACUGGUGUCCGUGCAUCCCUGAGGGAUCCUACGAGGGUCUAGAGCUCAAGUCCACCCGGUACCAUCUAACCCAGACUAGUUUAUACAGGGCCAGUCGAAUGGAGACCGCCGUGUCCUGCGUGAUGCAGGAUGGCCAAAAGGUCAUGUUUGGGAGCAUCAGAGGGUCUGCAGGGAGACCGGCAGUUCACAGCCCCUCCAGGGAGUUCCCCUCCAAUGGCUUGUCCUCUCGCAGCAUCUCCAAAACCAUGUCAGAGACCACCAGCUUUUACUCCAGUAAUAACCUACAAGAAUGAGAGUGCAGAAGCUCGAUUCAAGGAGACCGAAUGCCACUACCUCUGCGGAGAUGUAAUCAUUUGAAGAAUCCUCAUCUCCCCCUCCCAAGUGUGUAAAACCUGAGGAUUACCUUGAGUGUGUGCAGAUGUGUGUUUUAGUUGGUUAAGUACACACACGCUAAGUGUUUUUAAUUUCAAACGAUCCUUCAUCUUUCAUGCAUGCCUCGUUCUAUUCAUGAGGUUUAUAAUUAUGAUUAGAGGAACAUUUACAUUGAUUCUUUGGGAAAGGUUUCCUUACCGUAGUGAUGUAAAUGACAUAUUGCAUUGUGCUGACUUAAAUGAGAGCCUGAUUGUUUGAUCCUGCAAUCAAUAAUUGACACUUUAAAAGUUUAUAUUAAUGGACAUGUAAUGCCGUGGAAAAGUCUGUCAGUAUACUGUGAAUACUGAAUAUGACCGCUUAUACUGGUCUCUCAUUUGGCUAACAACAACCCGACUAUAAUAGAAAUUGGAAUAAGUUAAGAAAUAUCAAUAAAAGUGCCCCUCUUAAUCCGUGGAGUCUCUAACAAUGGCUCACUUGGGUCAAAUGAUACCUGAGCACAUGUGAUUCCUUUAGUGCUUUAUCUGCAGGUGGGAGAUUACUGCAGACUUCACAGCAGAUUUUUUUUCUGUAAGCAUAAACUGCCUUUAAAAUCUCUAAAUUGGCUGAGACUGAACAAAAACACAUAGGGCAGAGAUUAUACUAUUGCAAAUGCCUCGGUGUCUUCUCGGUCAGUUAGAGCCACGAUCCGGGCGGUCAAAUUCAGUUGCCAAUAUCUACACCUUGUAGCUACACAGGAAAAUAUAAAGAACGUUAUUAAAUGACUUUUCAAGGUGUGCCUGGAAACACAAAUGCAUGGUGGUGAAAGCCUUGAAUGCCUAUCCUGAUUUUGUGUGCUCUGAAGAAUAGCUGUGGGGGGAAAAUAUGAUGUGCGGAGAAUUUUUGUAGGCUUCUUUUGACUUCUUUUUUUUCUCCCUGUCUGCUUACCUUCAUUUUGUUUGUAUUAGGUUUUUUUUUUAUAAUUGACCCUUCACUAAGCCCUGCCCUACAGGUACCAGUUGUAGUUUUGGUGGCCCAUUUCGAGCCUAUAUGUCUCUGGAUGGACACAACAGUUUCUGAAAAUGGUCAGUAGGCGGGGCUUAGUCUAGUGCCAAUUCUGUAGUUAUUCUGUUGUACAAUCAUUCACUCUUGCACACACGACCCCUCGUACUGAACAAGGCCAGAGUAAAAUUAGCUCUUCAGGCACCUCCCUUGAUACAGUCACAGCAAUAUGAUACAGGAUUAUGGGACAAAAGGGGAGGAUGAGAGAUGUUGGGCUGAAGUGACCACCUGCUGCUGUUCUUGACUGAGGUUGUGACAGUGGUGUCCAUUUUCCAAAACAAAGGCCCAUGCGACUGGCAUGUUUGUGGGCUGAGCUUUCAUUUUUUCAAGCAGCAGGCUUGUUAAGAUGCCGUAUGUUCAGAAUAUUUUGGACGGUAAAUGACUGUGAACUGAAAGUGUCUCACUGUUUGGCAGGUGCAGACAGCUCAUUCCAGGAAUAAAUGAACCACACUACUCUGUUCCUGAAAUUCUGAACACUCUGUGAUGCUUCUGCUGAAUUGGAUCUUCCUUGCAUGUGCCACACUAUAUUAAUAUACAAUCAUUUUAAUGUUUUUUUUUUUUAAAGAAUUAUCUUAUGAUCACCAAAGUUGCACCAAAUCAGUAUUUUAGAUUUCUGAAGGAUCAGUUGACACCGAAGACUGGAGAAAAAUUCAGCUUUGCCAUUGCAUGUAAAAAUAUUAAACAGUUUGUUUAAAUUGUAACAAUAGUACUGUUUUUAUUGUAUGCUUUGUCAAAACACAUGCAGCCUUGGUGAGCAUAAGAGACUUCUUUCAAAAACAUGAAAAUAUUUUAUUCCACUAUCUUUCUUUAAUUGUGACCAGUAGUAGCCUAUACAUAUCUGCACCCAAAAGGGAACAUUUUGUCAGUGUUGAUGUUUAUGUCAUUCCAAACCUUUAUGAAAUUGAAACCUUUAUGGUUUCUUCUGUUGAACUGAAAAUAAGAUACUUUGAAGAAUGUUUCAGCUGUUUUUGCCCAUACAAAUAAAUGUCUUAACACUAGAACCCCAUUUUUUAUAAUAUUUUAGUUUGUGAUCCCCAGAUAAAAAGUCAUACAGGUUUGGAACAGCAUUAGGGCAAGUAAACGAAGAUUGAUUUGUAAUUUUUGGUAAGCGAUCCCUUUAAGAUGAACAUGAAGAAUGUCUGAUGAUCGCAUACAAAAAAAAUAGAUUUUUGUUCAUCUGUCAGACUGGGUUUUGUAACACCUCUAUGGACCAUAUUUAUCUAUGUGAGUGUGAGCACAAGAGGAUUUGCUUUCUUCAGCUCUAUCUCUCUAUAAUCAGAGUAAUUACCCUAGAGAAGAGAACACAGAGGGGAGGACAACAGCUGUGUAUGAAAGCAUUCACACACAGACUCAUCCACCCUCCAGCAUUCCUCACAUCCCUCCCAAGGCCAUCCUGCAUGGCCGCUUAAUUUCACUCAAAGUUAUUAUUCAUGUUCGUAUGUAAACAUAGUGAGUGUGAGUAAGUGUGUGCAUGUUUUAACAUACCUCUACAUGAGUCCAGCUGGUAUAGUUCAUCAGUUAUUCAGAAAAAAAAGUGCUUUGAUUUCCAUCCAGCACAGGAGGCCUGGGCUGUUGGUUUCACUGACAUGAAAUGUCCUAUACGACUCUGAUCUCAAGAACUCUUGGCAACACUUUCACUAGUUACAUUAAUGGGGUCAUAACAUUAUUUUAUAUAUAUAUAUAUAAAUGUCAGUUUUUUGUGUCUUGCAUCAAGCGCAGUCAUAAUUUACUUAUGACAAUCUUCUACCUUCUCUCUGACAUUUUGAAUUUAUCAAGCAAUUUUGCAGCUGUAUCUUUAGGUUUUCUGUAUAAGGGCUUCUGUAUAUUCCUCUUCUUUUUUUUUUAUUGGUGAAAAGAGUACCAGCGCUUACUUGUGUGUUGGGGAUUUGUUGUCUCCAUUUUACAGUAAAACUCUGUUAGCAAAGCCUGCAUUACAAUGUGACAGGUUCACAAAACAACAUCUGCGCUCUUAUAAGUAAGGUCAUACUGAAAUGAUUGGACCUUGGUAAAAUAUAACUUCAGUUCCUUUAGAAGGCCAUGCAGAAUCUCAGAUGCCACCUCACAUCUUUUAUCAUACAGUUUAUGCCUUUUAUCAUUCAUUUUUUAUGCUUUUAGUUACUUUCAACAUCAAAUGUUUUAAUUAAAUAGAUCAAGAACAAUUUGACCCCUAUAACAGACAUUAUUAUAUAACAAAGGGGGGUACAGCUCAUUAUUUUAUGUUAUGUAAAGAGUUAAAAAUGUAAUUAAACUUUAACUCAUAUAUUCUUAUUCCUGUUUGAAAGUACAUCAAUGGAUCUUUUAAGAAUAUAAUUGUUAAUGACUCAUUCAUAAAAUUUUAACCUUAUGUUGGCUAUUAAUGAGUUUACCAGGCUAAAUAGUAUUAUGUAAAUAUUUCCUAUAUGCUUUUGGCAGUGGUUUCUCAAAUAUGUGUUUUUUUAUUAUUAUUAUAUUCUAAAGGAGUUACUUUAUUAUGUUGUAUGACUGAACAUGCAUCAACAAAAUGAACCAGAUAUGGCUAAACCAAACAUUCAGUGCCAAUAGGCCAAGUUGUAACUAAAAUAAUAGCCAUCCACCUUUGCUUUCAGUGUUGAGCUGGGUUUGUUCUUACAUAUGUUUUUGUAAAUGAUUUUGUAUGCAUAUGCUUCUGUAUACUUUGUCUAAAAUAUCUGUAUUCAGGCCUGGUGUGCUCUGAAGGGAAGAAUUUGAACAUCUCUAUAUGGCAUUAGAAGUCAUGGAGCAAAUCAAGCAGGUACAGCUAGUUAAAAGAGAUUGCAUUAAUCAUUUGUGACACAAAAUGAGCCAUUGAAGUUAAUAAGCAGAGAGAAAGACAAAAGUCUGUGUCUCAGAGUAAAAGGUUAGAACUAUCAGUGCCUUGUUGAAAUUCCACUCAGUUUGUCUGGUCAAAUGUUGAGUUGUGCCCCGUCUUCAGAACAGGGUGGAUCUUUGUUGCUCCUACGAAAGCUGUCAAAAAGAGUUUGUCUAAAACAAUCUGUUUUGCUGCCCUCUUUCUUAAGAAGUUUUUGGAGUCUGGAGAAUUCAUUAUGUAUUCAGUGCUGUAGUUGACUUUGUGUUCUGCUUAAAUGAUUCAUUUUAAAUAUACGUUUUAAAGUUUUAUUUAGUAUUAUAUUUGUAUUAUUUUAAAAUAAAUGGUUUCUACAUGUUUAUUGAAUAAAUCACAUUUCUAAUUCAGUUUUUAGGGAUGCACAGUAUAUUUACAUUUCAAAAAUUAAUGUAAUCUUUAGAAAACUUCAAAAUGAAUAUUGAUUUUUCAUAUUAUAUAUUAUAAUGUUGUGGAAUUUA